AACAUGAAGUCCAACUUGGGCUUUGUUGCCUCCAGCGUCCUGGGCCUGGCACUCCAAGCCGGGGCACAGGGCGGCACACAAAAUCCCUUUGGUUCAGCAAGCAACAACGCCCUCAACGGGGGCGGGUUAGCUGGCAGCCAGAACCCAUUUGGUAGCGGCGCAGCCGCCGUCCCAGCAGACUCAACUGGUAGCCAAAACCCCUUUGGUGGCUCCGGCUCCGGCUCCGGCUCCGGCUCCGGCUCUGGUUCGGCGGGCUCGGGAGGUAGCCAGAACCCCUUUGGGGGUGGCUCCGGCUCUGGCUCUGGCUCUGGUUCGGCGGGCUCUGGAGGCAGCCAGAACCCCUUUGGGGGUGGCUCUGGUGCUGGUUCCGGCACCGGUGGGGCUGGAUCUGGUGGUUCCGGCGCUGGCGGCUCUGGCUCCGGUGCCGGUUCUGGGGCUGGCUCUGGUGCUGGCUCCGGUUCUGGUUCGGCAACUGCGGGAAGCUGCCAGUGCCCGCCCGGUGGAAACGCAGCCCCCAGCGGCCCGCGCCUUGAUGUGCCGGGAUGCCCAGCCGUCCGAGCCGCGGACCCGACAGGGCAGACGCUGACUUAUGCCAACUCACCGAUAUGUCACACGGGUGACGGCCAGCUGUACCAAACCCCCGACGGCGCGACCUUCUACAUGCAGUGCUGCACCCACGGCGCCGGCUCCAGCACCGUCAUCACUAGCCUCGUAACCGCCGACUUUGGAGAAUGUAUGAACGAGUGCAGCAAGACGGACAAGUGCAGCAGUGUCACGUUCCUGGCCCACGAGGAGUCGUGGUCGGAGCCGCUUCACACUUGCACCCUGAACACGGACGGAGGAUUCUCCUCCGGGGUUUGUGGAGGCGACGUGCACAGUUACGCCUUCGUCAUCGACCCGCCGGCCAUUGAGUCCCCUGACUCGGCGGGCGUGCUCUGCUCGACCGAGUGCCCCUAUGCCAACGGCCAGCUGUAUGUCUCGUCGGUCGGCGAGUCCUUCCAAAUGGACUGCGGCAAGCGCCAUGGAACCCAGGUCAUCUAUCGUGACCGCCAGCCGUCGCUCAAGACGUGCAUUGAGGCGUGCGGGAAGCUGCUGGCGUGCCACAGCGUCGACUACGAUGUUCACCGCCAGAUCUGCUACUACGGAAAGCACCAGGGCGAGCCGACCAUCGAGGCCCCCGGAUUCGCAAGCGCCCACUCCAUGGGAUGCGUGGGAGCAUGCUCCGCGUGUAGCGGCGGCCGUUGCCCGAGUGACCCGGACCCGUCAGCGCCUCCUUUUGACAACAACAGCCCCUUGCCGCAGGAUGACCCUCUCGGUAACGCGGCGCCGCCGGACUCCCUAUGCCCGCAGCUCAACGGCCAGACCAUGGACAUUGGCGGUUCGAGCUACCGGAUAACGUGCGGAUUAUCAACAAACUGCGUUGAAGACGGCUAUCAGAUCUUCGGCCCUGCCGCCGUCCAGCAAGUCACGCUCGACGAGUGCCUUCAGUCCUGCGCCACUUUCCCGACAUGCAAGAGCAUCAACUUCCUCAAUACCGACUACAAGGUCGAUGGUACGGCACAAUGUGUCCUGAGGCAGUGCAACCCGGCUCCCGAUGGCCCCGGCAACCAUAUCGCGGCGCACAAACUGUGAAAGGUCUUGAGGGGAUGAUGGCACAAGAACGACCGGCGCAGCCGGGGGGUGGACAACGACAAGUCCGAUGGGUGCAUUGUCUACCAAGUAGUCGUCGAUGGGUGCAGCAGUAACGCUACUGGCAUCAAGCCACGCAAGCCAUUGCCUGGGCUUGCUUGUGUUGCCUUUGCUCGGGAGAGAUAAAAUAUCUAGAUACUCAAGUUGCGUUGAAUUUUACCGCGCAUAUCGUCCACUUUUCAACGUCCUACCUAUUGUCAAAGACAUUCUAUUAUGGCGUGGAGUUGGAGUGAGCAAUGGGGACUGACGAUAUGGGAUCACCUUUCCCCCUGGCAACAGAUCAUCAGGAAUGUGGAGAUGCUCAGCCGAAGGAUGAGAUGGUGAGAACUGACAAGGUAGGUGGUCAAGGGAUGUGGGGGCCCGAACCGAAGGAGGAUCAGGGGGAGCCAAGCCCGAAACACAAGCAAACA